AUGUGUGCCAAGGCUCACCGAUAUGACCUGAAAGAGCCACGUGCCUUGGCGCAGUUUCUUCAGGAUGCAGACAUCCGAUUGAUCAGAGCAAAGUAUCUUCAUGACUUGGCCCAAUCCAAGCGGCCGCUUCCGCGGCGACAAGAAGCGGAGCUUUGCAACUUUGAAUUUGAUGGCAAGGCCGAAAGUGCCUUAGUCAGCCACGCAGAAGUGCAGAAUUGGGCAGCAGGAGCCCGGACUGCGACCAUUUGCUCGGUUUCACAUGCAUGGGAGACUCGGGAGCACCCCGACCCUUGCAGAUAUCAACUACAGCUUAUUGCUGAUCGCUCUGCGUGGUAUGAAGCUGCUUUUGAAACUGAUGUGUGGAUUUUUUACGAUUUCACGUCCUUGUUUCAGUACGAGCGCUUGUUGUCGGAGGAGGAAAGAAGCUUCAGAGCAGCAAUGGCUAACAUGCAUAUCAUGUAUGCACAUGAAUGCACCAUGACUUUUAUAAUAGAACAUCUGACUCCCACGGAUAUGUGGGAAUCAACAAUGAAAAAUGACCAAGAACUCAUUCCUGUUUGGAACGACAAACUGCAAAGUUCCGACCAAGUCGAACCUGGUCAGGGUCAGGGUUUAACUGGUAAAGUGCCGUUGACCCCUGACAAAUUCAAGGAAAGAAUGAAACGUGCAAAGUUUACCCAUAGGGAUAAAGACUUGCCGAUUGUCGUUGAACUUCAAGAGAAGAUCUUCGACGAAAAAGUUGCGGUAUGUGAACACCUAGUCCUGAAAGGACUUCCAGAACAAGAAAUUGUUGCCCUGGCGGAGGCGCUGCCGUUGUACAGAAGUCUCAAGACUUUGAAGCUUGAUAUCUUCGAAUGUAGCGAAGAAGCAGCAGAAGCCUUUGGCAAGGCUUUAGCCACGAGUCAAAUCGUGAGUCUCGACCUCCGAAAUCCGCGGCCGGGCAGCGGAGCCUUGAUGGGCAAGGCUGUGGUUGAUGCCUUGACAACAAACCAGUCGUUGACAAGCAUCGGUGCAGAGGACGCAUCCAUAUUCAAUCUUGCAGCCAAGAAGGCCCUGGAAAAAGCCUUGAGGAGGAACAGGUCCAUCAAGGACAGACUGCCGCUCGACGCACCGGUCCGUCUCAAGGUGGUGGCUGACGCCUUGGAGAGGAACUCCCUGGGGACCAGCGUCACCGUUGACCCCGCAGAAGAUCAGAUCGACGACCAAAAGGCCAAGGCGGUCGCCCAACUGUUGAAGAGUGGCAGUCCGGUGAAGAGCGUGAAGAGCAUCGACUUGGGCAACACCUGCAUUUCUGACGACGGAGCCCAGGCGCUUGCAGAGGCUCUGCGCUGCAACCAGACCUUGGAGGUGCUGUGCCUUCAGGAGGAUCAAAUCACCGAUGUUGGCGCAAAGGCUUUGGCCGAAGCCCUGGCGGUCAACAAGACCCUGAGGAGUCUAACUCUAACUAUGGGGUUCUACGAGGCCCUCAGGGCAGUGGAAGAGAUGAAGAGAGGUCGAGGAGACGAUUUCCGAUUCAUUUCGGCAGAAGAAGAGGAAGCCAAACGGUGCUGGGGCCUCAGAAGGGUAGAUGCCCGGAUGCACAUCCACAGGCCGGGCUCCGGACUGAGGCUGGACCCCGCUGCACUAUGCAGCAUUCUACGGCAAGGCGGAGGUGGUCCAGCUGCUUCUCACGGCCAAGGCGCAGGUGGACGUGCAGGAGAACAAUGGCCGAACUCCGUUGCACCUGGCAGCUUUCCACCGCCACGCGGAGGCGGUGAAGCUCCUGGUGGAGAUGGCGUCGCUGGCGGUGCAAGACGUGGAUGGCGGAGGGUUUGUAGAGGUCCCCAUGUGGAAAUGGAAUAG